GAAUUCGAAAGAUACGCGCUGCUUUUGUCAGCGACCGGAACCAAACAGGAUACAAACAUCAUAAAUAGCCACAAUCUCCUGGUCUUGUUACUUGCCCUUCUACCACCACCGCAUCCCCGAUCAUCGUCGUACAAACUCAUCUGUAAGUCCUCUUCUAGUUUUCAAGGGGAAUGUAUCUUACUCACUAUCUAUACCUUGUUCAUACUCCGUUGUCUUGGCAUCGCAUGCGAUGAUCCUGCGUCUAUGCCCACGACUUAAUCAUAUCGUCUGAUCAUGUGCGAUUCUGGUCGAUCUCUCGGCGAUUCGUUCUGGCUUGUUAAUGCAGUCUCGAAUCUUGUAUAACAACUCGCUGCCAUGGCCUUGAAGCGCAUUAACAAGGAAUUGAUCGACCUCGGACGUGACCCACCCUCAUCCUGCAGUGCAGGCCCUGUAGGCGACAACAUGUUCUCAUGGCAAGCAACAAUCAUGGGCCCUACUGACUCACCGUAUUCGGGCGGGGUGUUCUUCCUUACAAUUACGUUCCCAACCGAUUACCCCUUCAAGCCACCCAAAGUCAGCUUUAGGACGAAGAUCUAUCACCCUAACAUUAAUGCCAAUGGAUCUAUCUGUCUGGAUAUUUUGAGGGAUCAGUGGUCACCAGCGUUGACUAUAUCAAAAGUGUUACUUUCGAUUUGUUCAAUGUUGACGGAUCCCAAUCCCGAUGAUCCUCUGGUACACGACAUCGCCCAUCUGUAUAAGACUGAUCGUACCCGCUACGAAGCAACGGCUCGGGAGUGGACAAGGAAGUAUGCCACGUAGUACGGUGUCCAUUUACUUCUCUAAGCGGUACACAUGAGUUGUAUUGGUCGGCUGUAUGAAAGUGCAUCAACAUCCGUUGUACAUCAUUGCAUGUCUAUGUUUUUAGUAUCCCCCCUUUCGCUUGUUUGUACCAAAUGAACGAUGAAUCGUCCAGGAAUCCAUCUCAGUCUGAUACUGCUA